ACCCAAUCUCCGCCCGUAACGCCUAAUCUGCUCCCCUCAGAGAAAGGAAGCUGGGGAAGUGAGUCGGAAACCAUAGAGCUUCUUCCUGCAAGAAAUCUUCUCCUCUUGAAGUCGCCGGAUUCUCAUUCUCAAAGCCACGUACGUCUCUCUCUUCACCGACCAUCUGGUGGGCCGCACCCUCGAUCGGUCACGUUGGCCUUUUAAAGUCACUAACAGGGAAGUGACUUCUCAUCUCCAGCCCCAUGAGGUUCUGUGGCAGUUAUGCCUGCAAUUGACUUACAGGUGGAUUUCUUCCCCCCAAACACCAUCUGUAAGUGACUUGCCUGUAAGUCACUUCCCACUUACAGAACUUACAGGCAUCCACACGAUCCCUAAGAUGAAUUCCAUUCAUGGGUAGGAGAUUUUCUUUCAUUUGGUUUCUGAAUUUCUAACUUCUAUUUGAGAUGGAAGGGAAUUUUAGCACAUUCUCAGCUCAUAAAUGCUUACAACCUCUGAAUUUUCCUAUAAGAACUGUCCUAACCCUUCCAACGAUAAAAAUGCAAAAUGGGUUUUGUAAUCGGGGGCUCUAUAUCUGUUAUCCGAAGAUUUACAGAAAGAUUUGCGUAAGUAGGGAUGAAAAUGUUUCGGUGGGAGCGAAAACCACCAAUGAUGGAGUGGAUUGGGAAACGGAGUUUUUGGGUGAGAUCAAUCCGUUGGGUUUCCAACCCCCAAAGAAGAAAACACGUCAAAAGUCGGAAUUGCUGGAGGACACGGUAGGGAUGGAAUGGUGUGUGAAGGCAAGGAGAAUCGCAUUGAAAGGUAUCGAAGCACGGGGCCUAACUCAUACGAUGGAAGAUUUGGUAACCAUAAAGAAGAAAAAGAAGAACAAGAAGAGUGAUAUGGAGAAGAUUGGUAAGAAAACGAAGAAUUCAAAAAAAAAGAAAUCUGAUGAUUCAGAGGACGAGUUUGAGGAAAUUGAUGAAGAGGAAAUGGGUUCUAAGCAUGGUGGUAGUGACCUUAGAAGGGAAGUGAGGUUGAUGGGAGAUGGAUUUUUUGAAGAAAGGAAAGAGAAAAUGAGGGAGGCUUUCAUACAAAGGCUUUCGCACAUGAAGGGACCCUCUGAUAGGAAGAAAGAGAUCACCUUAAAUAAAGCAUUCGUGGAUGCGCAGACCGCAGAGGAAGUUCUAGAAGUAGCUUCUGAGAUGAUCUUGGCUGUUGGAAAAGGGCUGAACCCAUCUCCCCUCACGCCCUUAAAUACUGCGACUGCCCUUCAUAGGAUAGCCAAAAACAUGGAGAAAGUGUCUAUGAUGAGGAGUCACAGGCUAGCAUUUGCCCGUCAAAGGGAGAUGUCAAUGCUUGUGGGUGUUGCGAUGGCAGCCCUGCCUAAGUGCUCGCCUCAGGGUAUAUCGAACAUCGCAUGGGCAUUGUCGAAGAUAGGCGGGGAGCUUCUUUAUUUAUCAGAGAUGGAUAGGAUUGCUGAGGUUGCUAUUGCCAAAGCCGGGGAGUUCAAUGCUCAAAACGUUGCUAAUGUUGCAGGCGCAUUUGCUGCAAUGCAGCAUUCUGCUCCAGACCUCUUUUUGGAACUAUCAAAAAGGGCAUCUACAAUAAUUCAUACAUUUCGGGAGCAAGAGCUCACUCAGGUGUUGUGGGCAUUUGCUUCUCUGUACGAGCCCGCAGAAGCUUUGCUCAACUCACUUGAUAAUGCUUUCGAGGAUGUGAGUGAUUUCAAAUGUUGCGUGGAAGAUGCAGCAUCUACUCCAAUGGAGAGUUCGCUUGGAGACCUGGACCUUCCAAGGCCUGAUGAAAGAGACGUAGAAACCAUUGAGGAUCUUUUCGUGGGAGUGUCUUUUGAUGCUCCUGUGCUCAAUUUCAAAAGAGAUCAGCUUGGAAGCGUGACCUGGUCCUAUGCAGUUCUUGGACAAAUGGGCCGCCCUUUCUUUUCCCGUGUAUGGACAAUUUUGAGCCGUUUCGAGGAGCAAAGGAUUUCGGAGCAAUAUAGAGAGGACAUCAUGUUCGCCUCGCAGGUUCAUCUAGUGAACCAGUGCUUGAAACUUGAAUACCCUCAUCUUGGGCUAUCGCUUAGGAGCAAUCUUGAGGAGAAAAUUGCACAUGCUGGUAAGACGAAAAGGUUCAAUCAGAAGAUGACUUCUUCAUUUCAAAAAGAGGUGGCCCGCCUUCUUGUUAGCACAGGUCUUGACUGGGUCAGAGAGUAUACAGUCGACGGAUACACUUUGGAUGCAGUGUUGGUUGACCGAAAGAUUGCUUUGGAGAUUGAUGGGCCAACCCAUUUCUCAAGGAAUUCAGGGACCCCAUUAGGUCAUACAAUGUUGAAACGCCGCUACAUUGCUGCUGCUGGCUGGAAGCUGGUUUCUCUCUCGCAUCAAGAAUGGGAGGAGCUUCAAGGUGGGUUUGAGCAGCUGGACUAUCUAAGGAAAAUUCUCGAGGUUCAUAUAGACUAAAACUGUGUCAACGCCCCCAAUGAUUUAGAAGGUAAACGCAUUGGUGAUGAGUGAGGUAAUUCUUCAACUUGAGCAUUAUGCCGGCAUUUGUUUUACUGUGAUUUCUCCCAUAGAAACAGAUCCAUUACAUAUGAUUACUACUGAAAUGUGAUCUCCGGCAUUGAGAGGAUUUCCUUCUCUCAAGUCCAAAAUUUAAA